AUGGUACUCCAGCAGCAACAGCAACUUCAUCAAGUCCAUUCUCAUCAUCCUCAACGUGAACACACUAUUACACCGCCAGCUAUCGAAGAACACCACCUACACGGCCUAAACGCCCCCGGUAGCACUCAGGUGGUGCCCGACAUGCGUUCCAAUUUGAUGUCUCCCUUAAAUUCCCAUGAAAUGGCUGCGAAAAUGCUUGCCAACGGCUCUUUGUCUCCAAGUGCUAAUGGUCUAGCGCAAUAUAACCCAUUUUUACUCGCCGUUUUUCAACCGUUUGCCCUCCAACAACUCCUGCAAGCGCAAGCUCUACAGCAGCAAUAUAUGCAACUCCAGCAACAGGCAGUAGCACAACAGCAGCUGGAAGCUCAGGCUCUAUGGGCCUCAUCCAGCAUUUCUGCCAGUCCUGCGCACGCAUCGGAUAGCGAGGUGUCGGAGAUGUCCGAUCUCUCACCGCUACCUCAGUCGGAGGCUCCGUUGCGUCCAAAUUCGCCUCCUUUCAAAGAUCCCCACCAACUGGCUGACAAGUCUCUGUUGAGGCUACUAAACCUCAAUCAGCUCUCCGAAAAAGAGCAAAUGGCAGUGGCAGUUCUGGCCGGAUUUGCGUCUAUGGGACGUUAA